UUAUUUGAAAAGGUGUUUAUAAAUGAUGGAUUAACAUGUAAUUCUCUGAUGGAAAAGGCUUAUUACUCUGCCCAAAUAUUUUCAUUGCUAUGUUUUAAUUGCGGUGAUACUGAUAUUGUUACUCCAAUUCCAGCUACUCAAUAUCCAUUAUGCACAGAAUGUACACAAAAAGGUGUUAAAACACCAACUCGUGGAAAGUCCUUAAAAUUUAUAGCACGUAUUCACAAAAACAAAAAAAA